AUGCCGGAAGAAGGACCACCACAACCACAAUCCGCUGCCCCUGUGACUACCAUGGUCUGCCCCGGCCAGUUACGGCAACGCGACCCACCCAUCUUCAGUGGUACCGAAGACCAAGACGUCGAAGACUGGCUCGCUGACUACGACCGGAUCAAGGAGUUCGUCCGUGAAGAGGUGGCUCGUCAGCUUUCCUUGAUUCCACUUGCACACGGCCAGCCGGGUACCCCGUUGGCGCCCGCUCUCCAAUCUGUCAUCAAGGAGCAGGUUAGUAAACCCCCCUCUCUCUAUUGGAAGCGGACUAGCAACGUCUGCCUGCUGCUCCUACCGUGCCCAAACGACGAGCCCGAAGACAUCGUUGACCUUAUCGACUCUGGCUCCGAAGACUGUUCCCGCCAGCACAUCUCCGAAAGCGACACCAACGCCGACAACCACGCCGACAACCACGCCGACAACCACGCCGACACCAACGCCGACAACCACGCCGACAACCACGCCAGCAACAACGUCCGCAACAACGCCCGCAACAACGUCCGCAACAACGUCCGCAACAACGUCCGCAACAACGUCCGCAACAACGUCCGCAACAACGCCCGCAACAACGCCCGCAACAACGCCCGCAACAAGGUCGACAACAAUUCCGGCAACAAGUCCGGCAACAAGCCCGGCAACAAGCCCGGCAACAAGCCCGGCAACAAGUCCGGCAACAAGUCCGGCAACAAGCCCGGCAACAAGCCCGGCAACAAGUCCGGCAACAAGCCCGGCAACAAGUCCGGCAACAAGUCCGGCGACAAGGCCGGCAACAAGUCCGGCAACAAGUCCGGCAACAAGUCCGGCAACAAGUCCGGCAACAAGUCCGGCGACAAGGCCGGCAACAAGGCCUGCAACAAGUCCGAUAACAAGGCCUGCAACAAGUCCGACAACAAGACCUGCACUAACGCCGACGACCACGCCCGCAACAACGCCCGCAACAAGGCCUGCACCAACGCCGACGACCACGCCCGCAACAAGGUCGACAACAAGGUCGACAACAAGUCCGGCAACAAGUCCGGCAACAAGUCCGACAACAAGUCCGACAACAAGUCCGGCAACAAGUCCGGCAACAAGUCCGGCAACAAGUCCGGCAACAAGUCCGGCAACAAGGCCUGCAACAAGUCCGACAACAAGGCCUGCAACAAGUCCGACAACAAGGCCUGCAACAAGUCCGACAACAAGGCCUGCAACAAGUCCGACAACAAGGCCUGCAACAAGUCCGACAACAAGACCUGCACUAACGCCGACGACCACGCCGACGACCACGCCCGCAACAAUGUCGGCAACAAGUCCGGCAACAAGUCCGGCAACAAGUCCGGCAACAAGUCCGGCAACAAGUCCGGCAACAAGUCCAGCAACAAGGCCUGCAACAAGUCCGACAACAAGGCCUGCACCAACGCCGACGACCACGCCCGCAACAAGGUCGACAAGGUCGACAACAAGUCCGGCAACAAGUCCAGCAACAACUCCGGCAACAAGUCCGGCAACAAGUCCGGCAACAAGUCCGGCAACAAGUCCGGCAACAAGUCCGGCAACAAGUCCGGCAACAAGUCCGGCAACAAGGCCUGCAACAAGUCCGGCAACAAGUCCGGCAACAAGUCCGGCAACAAGUCCGGCAACAAGUCCGACAACAAGUCCGGCAACAAGUCCGGCAACAAGUCCGGCAACAAGUCCGACAACAAGGCCUGCAACAAGUCCGACAACAAGGCCUGCAACAAGUCCGACAACAACGCCCGCAACAAGGUUGACAACAACGCCCGCAACAAGGUUGACAACAAGGUCGACAACAAGUCCGGCAACAAGUCCGGCAACAAGUCCGGCAACAAGGCCGGCAACAAGUCCGGCAACAAGGCCGGCAACAAGUCCGGCAACAAGGCCGGCAACAAGUCCGGCAACAAGGCCGGCAACAAGGCCGGCAACAAGGCCUGCAACAAGUCCGACAACAAGGCCUGCAACAAGUCCGACAACAAGGCCUGCAACAAGUCCGACAACAAGACCUGCACUAACGCCGACGACCACGCCGACGACCACGCCCGCAACAAUGCCCGCAACAACACCCGCAACAAGGUCGACAACUAGGUCGACAACUAGGUCGGCAACAAGUCCGGCAACAAGUCCGGCAACAAGUCCGGCAACAAGGCCUGCAACAAGUCCGACAACAAGGCCUGCACCAACGCCGACGACCACGCCCGCAAUAAGGUCGACAACAA